GUAGCUGCCAGUUAAAAUUUGUUGUGUGCCGAUGAGUGAGUGCAUGUGAGAUCGAAUUGAAAUCAGAGCACCAAACAUUAUGGAAUAUAACAGUAUAUUACGUUCAAAUUUCUCGCGCAAUGAAUACAAACGAUAUAUAUCGUUUGACCGUCAAUCUUUGGCAUCACAAUAUGAGCCCGGUGGCUAUUCAACGCUGCAAGCGUCGUCCUCCACCCGCGGCUCCACAACCAACAUGACGCAGCGCGAUGGCAUAAUGAAGUUUGAGAAUGAUCGCAUCAAGACGCUGCAGGAGGAGCGUCUACACAUCCAAAAGAAGACCUUUACAAAAUGGAUGAAUUCGUUUCUGAUCAAGGCCAAAAUGGAGGUCGAAGACCUAUUCACAGAUCUAGCCGAUGGCAUUAAGCUGCUCAAGCUGCUCGAGAUCAUAUCGUCGGAGAAACUGGGCAAGCCGAAUAGCGGACGUAUGCGUGUACAUAAAAUCGAAAAUGUCAACAAGAGUCUGGCAUUCUUGCACACCAAGGUACGCUUGGAGUCCAUUGGUGCUGAGGACAUUGUCGAUGGCAAUCCCAGAUUGAUCUUGGGUCUCAUUUGGACCAUCAUUUUGCGUUUCCAAAUUCAGGAAAUUGUCAUCGAUGUUGAUGAGGAAAACGAAUCCAGUGAGAAACGUUCAGCCAAAGAUGCGCUUUUAUUGUGGUGUCAACGUAAGACACAUGGUUAUCCAGGCGUUAAUAUACAGGACUUUACAUCUUCAUGGCGUUCCGGUUUGGGUUUCAAUGCGCUCAUUCACUCGCAUCGACCCGAUCUGUUCGAGUAUAGCACCAUUGUCAAUUCAAAGAAUUCCAAUUUGGAUAAUUUGAAUCAUGCAUUCGAUACGGCCGCCAACGAAUUGGGCAUACCAAGUCUGCUCGAUGCGGAGGAUAUUGAUUCAGCGCGACCGGAUGAGAAAUCGAUCUUGACCUAUGUUGCCUCAUACUAUCACACGUUUGCGCGCAUGAAGAACGAACAGAAGAGCGGCAAGCGUAUAGCCAAUAUUGUGGGCCAGCUAAUGGAUGCCGAUCGCAAGAAGAUGCACUAUGAACGCCUGACCACAAAUCUGCUCAGCUGGAUAAAACAAAGAACAAUGGAGCUGGAGCAGCGUAAUUUGCCAAACUCAUUGGAGGGCAUACAGCGUGAAUUGUUGGCCUUUAAGGAAUAUCGCACCAUUGAAAAGCCACCCAAAUACAAGGAACGCAGCGAGAUUGAGGCUUUGUACUUUACGAUUAACACACUGCUGAAGGCUCUGAAUCAGCCACCCUAUAAUCCACAAGACGGGCAGCUGGUCAAUGACAUCGAGAAGGCCUGGCAGAUACUGGAGUAUGCCGAGCACAAUCGCGAGGUAGCCCUGCGUGAGGAGUUGCUGCGUCAAGAGAAGCUGGAACAGCUCAACUACAAAUUCGAAAAGAAAUCCGUGCUGCGUGAAGGUUAUCUGAAGGAAAUGAUACAAGUGCUGUCGGAUCCGCGUUAUUUGCGUCAAGUGGAUGCCACGUUGAAGAAACAUGAGGCCAUCUCUGCUGAUAUUUUGGCACGUGUUGAACGCUUUAACGAUCUAACGGCCAUGGCCGAUGAAUUGGAGAAGGAGAACUAUCACGGCAAGGAGCGUGUGAAGCGUCGUGAGCAGGAGGUCAUGGACAAAUGGCGCAAACUGCUGGAGCUGCUCGAGAAUCAACGAUUGAACCUUUCUCAAAUGAGCAAUCUGAUGAAUCUGCUGCGUGAGAUCGCCAGCACGACGGAAUCAGUGCGUGAGCUGCAGCAGCAUUUCGGCUCUGAAGAUGUGGGUCCACAUCUGUUGGGCGUCGAGGAGCUGCUGCAAGCCCAUUCGCUGCAGGAGCUGCAGGUGAACACUUAUGGUGAGACGCUCAAGCGCUUCAAUCGUCAAGCCUUGCCCUACAAGAACUCCGAGCAUAAGGAUGCCGCUCUAUUAGCUCAGCGGCUGGGUCAGCUGGAGGAAGCUUAUGCCGAGCUGUUGAAGCUAUCAGCACAGCGUCGUGCGCGUCUCGAGGAGGCGCGUAACUUCCAUCACUUCAUGGAGGACUAUGACAAUGAGGAGAGCUGGCUGGUGGACAAACAACGUAUCUGCAAAACCGGCAUUACGGCUAAGGACUUGCGUGCUGUGCUCUCGCUGCAGCAGAAACAUAAAGCGCUAGAGGAUGAGAUCAAAUCACGCAAGCCCAAAUCCUCGCAAAUGUCGGAUGCAGGCAAGCGUCUCAUUGGCGAGCAGCAUCCCCGUGCAAGUGAGAUUAAGAGCCGCAUCGAUUCCCUGGCGGAGCAUUGGCAGGCUCUCGAAUCGCUUGUGGAGCUGCGACGUCGUCAGCUUGAAGAUGCCGCCGAAGCCUAUCAAUUCUAUACGGAUGCCAACGAGGCUGAGUCCUGGCUGAAUGAGAAAAUGGCGCUGGUUAAUUCCAGGGAUUAUGGCAACGAUGAACCCUCAGCGCAGGCGCUGCUGCAGCGUCAUCGUGAUCUGCAGGGUGAGCUGAACGCCUAUUCUGGCGAUAUCCUCAACCUAAACCAGCAGGCAGAUAAACUGAUCAAGGCUGGCAUUUGCACAUUGGAGUUGACAGCUGCGGAACCGGAUUUGCCAGAAGUGGAGCAAGAGGAGUGGGUCAAUGAGACGCGUCUAGUACCCAAGGAAGUUUGGGAAGAUGAAUGGGUUGAGAAACUGGAGCACAAGAAGGUAACCGAAACCAAAAUGCUGCCACAUGUGCGCUCGCUGUUCCCCUUCGAGGGCCAGGGCAUGAAAAUGGACAAGGGCGAGGUGAUGCUGCUCAAGUCGAAGACCAACGAUGAUUGGUGGUGUGUGCGCAAGGAUAAUGGCCACGAGGGCUUCGUUCCGGCGAACUAUGUGCGUGAAAUCGAAGCACGUCCCGUGGCCUGCAUUGUGCCCAAGGCGGAGAAGGUCAAGAGUCUGCAGAAGGUCAAAAAGACGAUAUUGGUACGACAAGUGGUGCCCGUGAAGCGCAUACGUCCAGUGGUUGUGGCGCCCAAGCCUCUAGUACAGCGUCGCACCUCUAAUCAAAGCAUCAAUGAGAAUGCGGAUAGCGUGGAGAAGCGCCAGCAACGCGUCAAUGCCACCUACGAUGAGCUGCAAGAGAUGGCGCAGAAGCGUCAUGCCCUUCUCGAAGACUCCAUCCAUUUGUUCGGAUUUUAUCGCGAAUGCGAUGACUUCGAGAAGUGGAUGAAGGAGAAGGAGCGCAUGAUCAAGACGGACGAUGCUGAUGGCGUGGAAAAUGCCAAACGCAAGUUUGAAAAGUUCAUAACCGAUCUGUCGGCCGCCUCAAAGCGCGUCGAGGAGAUCGAUGGCGCCGUCGACACCUUCCGUCGUCAGGGUCAUUCGCAGCUGGACAAGAUUAUUGCACGUCAGCGUCAAAUUCAUCAAAUCUGGCAGCGCUUGAAUAAUGCCAAGGCACAGCGCGAGAAGAGCCUGGAGGGUGCCUCCAGUGUGGAGCUAUUCAAUCGCACCUGCGACGAGGCCAAGGUCUGGAUGAGCGAGAAGAUGCUCCAAUUAGACACAGCUGUCAUUACGCCUGACCUCAAAACCGUCCAAGCCCUGCAGCGUCGCCAUCAGAAUCUUGAACGCGAACUGGCGCCCGUGGAGGACAAGGUCAAUCGUGUCACCUACCUGGGCAAUUCAGUGAAGAACGCCUAUCCCGCUGAGCGUGACAAUGUCAAUGCUCGCCAACAGGAGGUUCAGGAUAUGUGGCAACAGGUACAACUGCGCGGCAGCGAGUUGCGAGCCCGCAUCGAAAGCGAAGUCGGCCAACAGAUCUUCAACAACAGCGCCAAGACCUUGCUAGCAUGGAUUGAUUCCGUUAAGGAUCAGCUGAAUGCCGAUGAGUCUGCGAGGGAUGUGGAAACAGCAAAUAAUUUGCUGAAGAAGCACAACGAUCUGGGCGAUGAUAUCAAGGCACAUGACAAUGAGUUUGUCGAGGUUAUCCAACUGGGUAAACAGCUCUCAGAUGGCAAACCCAACAUGGCAGAGACAGUGCAGCUAAUCGAACGCCUGAAGGCCGAGCAGGAUGCCAUUCAUCGUGGCUGGAGUGAGAAACAAAAGUGGCUUCUGCAGUGCGUCGAGCUGCAAAUGUUCAAUCGCGAAGCGGACAAGAUCGAUGCCACCACCAAGAGCCACGAAGCGUUCCUCGAGUACAACAAUCUGGGCUCCUCUUUGGAUGAGGUGGAAGCCAUACUCAAGCGUCAUCUGGACUUUGAGAAGAGCCUAAUGGCACAGGACAAGAUACUAAAGGGCUUCUCAGACAAUGCAGAUAAACUAAUUGCCAAUGAUCACUACGACGCCAAGUACAUUUCCGAUCGCCGUAAUCAGGUGCUGGGCAAGCGCAAGGCAGUCAAGGAUCGCGCUUUUGACCGCAAACGUUUGCUGCAAGCUUCCAAGGACUAUCACAAGUUUGCCGCUGAAGCGGAUGAUCUGAAAGCCUGGCUGCAGGACAAGACCAAAAUUGCUGGCGAUGAAAGCUAUCGCGAUCUGAGCAAUCUGCCACGCAAGCUACAGAAGCACAAGGCCUUUGAGCGUGAACUGCGCGCAAACGAGGGACAGCUGCGCAAUGUAAACAAAGAUGCCCAAGCCUUGAUUCAGGCCGAGAAUCGUGUUCCCGAAGUGGAACAUCGAGUGGUCGAUUUGAACAAGAAGUGGAAGGAUCUGUUAGCACUCUCUGAGGACAAGGGUCGCAAACUGGAGCAGGCUGCCUCGCAGCGUGAGCACAAUCGUGCCAUCGAGGAUGCCAAGAAGAAGGUGGAUGAGCUGGAUUUGGCACUCAUGAGCAAGGAUGUGGGCAACGAUUUGCGCAGCUGCAAAGAUCUGAUCAACAAACAGCAAAUGCUCGAAUCAGAGAUAACCAUUUGGGAUCAGAAGGUUGCGGAGCUGGUCUCCACGGGUGAUGACAUGGCCCACGAGGGUCACUUCAAUGCCAAGAACAUCGAGGACGAGACAAAGGAGCUGCAACAACGGUUCAAGGAUCUACGCGAUCCCACACAGAGACGUCGCGAUAAUCUGGAGGAGAGUCUGAAUUUCCAUAAAUUUGUCUUUGAACUGGAUGCUGAAUUCCAAUGGAUCAAUGAUCAUCUGCCUGCUGCGAAGUCAAACGAACUGGGCCACAAUCUGCAUCAAGCGCAAUCGCUGUACAAGAAACACAAAAAACUGGAGGCCGAGAUUAAGGGUCAUCAGCCUAUGAUCAAUAAGGCGCUGCUGGCGGGUCAAGCUCUUAUUGCCCAAGAGCAUCCAGAGCAACAGAACGUGGAGGGCUUGUGCAAGCAGCUGGAAGAGGCGUGGCAGGAUCUCGAUCUGCAUUGCGGUGAACGUUCGCGCAAGCUUGAAAUGUCUCUGAAAGCACAGCAAUAUCUGUUCGAUGCCGGCGAGAUUGAGUCCUGGUUGGGUGAACGCAACAAUGCCCUGCGAUCUACCGAAUACGGUAGGGAUCGCGAUUCGGCUGCCAAGUUGCUGACCAAACACAAGACCAUCGAACUGGAGUUGGACACAUAUUCGGGCAUUGUCACCGAAAUGGGACACACGUGUGCCGCCAUGGUGGCUGCCCAGCAUCCCGAUAGCAAAGUGCUGGCAGCCAAACAGCAGCUAAUCGAGAAAAUGCUCAAAUCUCUACACAAGUUGGCCUCACAGCGGCAGAUGCGCCUAAUGGAGAGUCUGUCCAAGCAUGAAUACUUCCUAGAGUCGGACGAGGUGGAGCAAUGGAUAAGGGAACAGGAGCAGACGGCAUCUUCAGAGGACUACGGCCAGGACUUUGAGCAUUUGCAGCUGCUGCAGAAUAAAUUUGAUGAUGUCAAGCAUCGCGUUGAGGUAGGCGCUGAUCGUGUCGAUCAGUGUGAGCUGCUGGCCAGGAAACUCAUCGAUUCGGAGAGCUCCUAUGCCAAUGAGGUAGAAAAGAGACAGGAACAACUGAGAACGUCUUGGGAGAAUCUCUUGAAGCUGCUCAAGCAACGCGAACAAAAACUGCAUGCCGCUGGCGAAAUUCAUCGCUUCCAUCGCGAUGUUGCCGAGGCGCUUUUCCGCAUACAGGACAAGAAUGCCGCGCUUUCUUCCGAGCUGGGCAAGGACUUGAACUCGGCUUUAGCCCUUCUGCGCAAGCACGAAGGUUUCGAGAAUGAUCUGGUUGCACUGGAGGCUCAGCUGCAGAUGCUGGUGGAGGAUUCGGUGCGACUGCAGGCCAAAUAUCCUUCGAAUGCUGCAGCCAUUGCACAGCAACAGGAUAAGGUCGUGGCUGCCUGGAAUGAUCUGAAGGAACGCUCAACGGCACGUGGUGAUCGUUUGGCUGCCAGCUCCGAUUUGCAAACGUUCCUCACAGAUGUACGUGACAUUGUGUCCUGGUCGGCGAAUCUACGCGCCGCUCUGCAAGCUGAGGAGCAUGUGAGUGAUGCAGCAGGCGCCACAGCGCUCAAGAUACAGCACGAUGCGAUCUAUGGUGAGAUUGAGGCACGUGAGGAUAAAUUCCGAUAUCUAAAUGAGCUCAGCGAUUCGAUGGUCCAAACGGGACACUAUGCGGCCGCCGAUGUGGAGGAGAAGUGUGCGGCUAUGCUGGAUGAACGACAGAAGUUGCACGCAGCCUGGAACAAGAAGAAGAUUAUGCUGGAGCAGAAAAUUGACUUGUUCUGCUUCUUGCGCGAUGCCAAACAAAUCGAUAAUUUAUCCAGCACACAGCAAGCGGCACUCAGCAGUUCCGAUUUCGGUCAAACUGUGGAGGACGUACAGAACCAGAUCAAGAAACACGACGAGUUCGAGCGUGUCAUUCAAACGCAAGAGGAAAAGGUAGCAUUGCUCCAAGAACAUGGACGCAAGCUUAUCGAGCAGCGUCACUACGAUAGCGCCAAUAUACAGACGAUACUUCAAGGGGUUCUGGCGCGUCGCCAAAAGGUAAAGGACCUAUGCGCCGUGCGACGUUACAAGCUGGAGGAUGCUUUGCUCUAUGCCAAGUUUGUGCGGGAUUGUGCCGAAGCAGAGUCGUGGAUCAAUGAGAAGCAAAAGAAAUUGGAAGCGGAUGCGGCUAACUAUGCCGAGGUCACCAAUCUGGAUGAGAAGAUUAAGAAAUUGCAAAAGCAUCAGGCCUUCCAGGCCGAAGUGGCUGCCAAUCAGGGCCGCAUCAAGGAGAUUCAGGACACGGGCGUCAUACUGCUAAGCAAGCAGCACGAAUCCUCACCAGAAAUCAAGCAAGCCAUUGAACGUGUGCUGGCCGCCUGGCAGGGUCUGCUCGCUGAGCUGGAUCAGCGUGGACGCGGCCUAGAGGAGGCCCAAGACAUAUUGGAAUUCAACAAUCAGCUCGACAAGAUCGAAGCAUGGAUACGCGACAAGGAAAUGAUGGUACAGGCCAGCGAUACGGGUCGUGAUCUUGAACACUGCAAUGCACUGAUGCGCAAACUGGACGACGUCGACUCGGACAUGCGUGUGGAUGAUCAGCGCGUUAAGCAUAUUAAUCUGUUGGCCGAUAAGCUAAUCAAUCAGGCACAGCUGCCAGAGGAUACGCAGAGUGUGGACAAGCGCAGGCGCGAUUUCAAUCACAAUUGGCGCCAGCUUCAGGGUGCACUGAAUGCCUAUCGUGCACUCCUCGGAGGUGCCAAUGAAAUACAUGUCUUCAAUCGCGAUGUGGACGAUACGGCGGAACGUAUUGCCGAGAAGGCGCUGGCCAUGAGCUCUGCGGACACAGGCCGUGAUCUGGCUGCUGUCGAAGCACUGAUCCGUCGCGAGGAGGCGCUAGAGCGCGACAUGUCUGCUGUGAAGCAAAAGAUCGAUGAGCAUGAGACCGCUGCCGAAUUUCUUAUUCGCAAAUACCCCGAACGUGGUGCACAGGUUAUUGAGCGCAAGCUUAACGAGCUGCACAAGUCCUGGAGCAAUCUGCAGGGCCUUUCUGUGAAACGGCAGACUGUGCUGAACGAAGCGUUUUUGGUGCACAAGUUUGUGUCGGAUGUUAGGGAGUUGGAACUGUGGGUAAAUGAUAUGGUUAAGAAAAUGAAUGCCACCCAGGCGCCGUCCACGAUUAACGACUGCGAAACGCAGCUUGAGCUGCACCAGGAGCGCAAGGUGGAGAUCGACGGACGUGAUCUGGCUUUCGUGGCGCUGAAACAGCACGGCGAGCAGCUUAUCGGACAGACCAAUCAAUCGGAGAAUGUGAAGCAGUAUCUGCGCGCCCUGGAGGAGUUGCAUCAGACACUGCAUGAUGCGUGGAGUGAGCGGGCACGCGAUCUCACCGAAGCCCAUCAGUUGCAGCUGUUCAAGGCCCAGGUUGAACAGGUUGAGCUCUGGCUGGCCAACAAGGAGGCUUUCCUUAACAACGACGAUCUAGGCGAUUCCUACACAGCCGUCGAACGUUUGGUCAAGAAGCACGAUGCCUUUGAGAAGCUGCUCGAUGCAGAUCAUGUGGAUGCCUUGCAAAAGUUCGCCAAUAGCAUACUGGAGGGUGACCCGAAGGAUGGCGAUUUGAUAAGUGAGAAGUUGGCUUACGUGCUGCGACGCAAGAAGAAGUUGUUGGAGCAAUCCGCCGAGCGUAAACAUCGUCUUACGCAGUCAUUGCAGCUGCAGGAGUUCCUCCGCAGUCUCUACGAGAUCGAUCGCUGGCUGGUGCAGAAGCUACAGGUGGCCUUGGAUGAGAAUUAUCGCGAGCCAAGCAAUUUACAGAGCAAAAUUCAGAAGCACACGGCGUUCGAUGCCGAACUACUGAGCAAUACACCACGUGUGCAGGCUGUCAUCAGUGAAGGUGAGCGUUUGAUCAAGGGUGAGCACUUUGCCAAGGAUGAGAUCGCACAGCAGGUGCAACUGCUUGAGGGCGACUGGGCCAAGCUGAAGGCAGCGUCCAAUGCCAAGAAGGAGAAGCUACACCAGGCACAUGAAGCACUAGCCUUCAAUCGCAGCGUCGAUGAGUUCAACAACUGGAUGGACGAUGUGGAGAUGCAGCUGUCUAGUGAGGACUAUGGUAAGGAUCUGGCCACGGUUAGCAAUCUGCUGAAGAAGCACGAACGUCUCGAAGCCGAUGUGGCGCAUCAUAACGAACUGUCCGAUCAGCUGAAGAUCAAAGACGAACAGUUCUUCCAGUUGGAUCAUUUCCUCAAGCACGACAUUCACGAGCGUGCGAUGGCCACCAUCAAGCGCUACAAUACGCUGCACGAACCAAUUACCAUAAGACGCGAGAACCUCGAGGAUUCGCUCAGUCUACAGCAGUUCCUGCGCGAUGCCGAAGAUGAGCUACAAUGGCUGGCCGAGAAGCAGCUAAUUGCUGGAUCCCAGGAUCUGGGCAGCAGUCUGUUGGCCGUGCAGGGUCUGCAGAAGAAACACAAUGCACUAGAAGCAGAGCUAACAUCACAGGAACCGCUAAUCCAGGCGCUACUGCAGCGCGGCCAGCAAAUGAUACGCGACAAUCACUUUGCCAGCGAGCAGCUGCAAUACAAAUCGGAGCUGCUACAAAAGCAACUCGUCCAGCUCCGCGAUUUGGCUGCAAUUAGGCGCCUGCGUCUGCUGGACGCCGUAGAGAGUCAACUGUUCUAUGUGGAGGCCAACGAGGCGGAUGCCUGGAUGCGCGAGAAGCGGCCCAUUUUGACCAGCAGCGAUUAUGGACGCGAUGAAAUGUCCGUGCAGACGCAUCAGAAGAAACUGGAGGUGUUGCAGCGCGAGCUGAUCUCCUUCAAGCCUUCCAUCGACAAGGUCAACAAGCUGGCCACGGGCCUCAUCGAACGCAAUCACUUUGACAGCGCCAAUAUACAGGAGAAGAACGGUGCCGUCACGCAACAAUAUGCUGAGCUACUACGUCUGGCCAAGGAUCGUGAGCUGCGACUCACCGAGUGCAAGAAGCUCUUUGAAUACGUGCGUGAGACGGAGGAGCUGCACGAAUGGGUGGGCGAUCAAAUGACUGUCACAGCCAGCGAGGAUUAUGGCGAGGAUGUGGAGCAUGUAGAGCAGCUGAUGCUAGCCUUUGAGUCAUUUGUGUCCAACCUAAAUGCCAAUGAGGCGCGUGUUGAGGCCUGUUUGGAGCGCGGCGAUCGUCUGAUCCAGGAGAACAAUCCCUAUCGCAACUCCAUUAAGGCUAAACGAGACGAAACGAAACAGUUGUGGGAUGAGCUCAAGGACUUGGUGAAUGCACGCCAAGAUGCGCUUGCCGGAGCCAAACAGGUGCACGUCUAUGAUCGUGUCGCUGAUGAAACGAUUUCGCUGAUCAACGAGAAGGAUGCCUCGCUUAUUUCUGAGGAUUAUGGCCAGGAUUUGGAGAGCAUCCAAGCUCUGGGACGCAAACAUCAAGUAUUUGAGGGCGAACUUGUGGCCAUCAAGGAACAGGUCGAUUCAGUGCUAGCCGAAGCAGUUAAGCUGGGUGAGAUUUAUCCCGAUGCACGCGAACAUAUCGAAGUGAAGCGCGAUGAGACAGUGGAAGCCUGGACGGAUCUGAAGGAGAAGACAAAUGCACGCAAGGGCAAACUGAACCAGGCUGAACAGCUGCAAUCGUACUUCGAUGAGUAUCGCGAUCUGAUUGCCUGGAUCAAUGAGAUGCUGGCCAAGAUCACAGCGCCGGAGCUGGCCAACAGUGUGGCCGGCGCAGAGCUAUUGCUGGCCAGUAUUAAGGAUCAUCAUGCCGAGAUCCGUGCACGUGACGAAACCUUUGCCAACUUUACGGCCAACGGACAGAAGCUGAUCAAGGAGAAGCACUUCCUCGCCCAUGAGGUGGAGGAUAAGAUUAAGGUGCUGCAAUCCCGUCAUGAGCUGCUCGAGCAAACACUGCAGCAGCGUAAGGAGAUUUAUGAGCUUAAUCUGGACACACAGCUGUUCCUCAAGGAUGCCGAGAUACUGGAGCAAUGGAUUAGCAGUCGCGAGCCACAGCUGAAGGAUGCCAAGCUGGGUGACUCUAUACCACAGGUGGAGGAUUUGUUGCGGCGUCACGAGGACUUUGAGAAGACUGUGGCCGCACAGGAGGAGAAAUUCCAGGCGAUCAAGCGUAUUACGCUCCUCGAACAGCGUUUCCGCAAGCAACUGGAGCACGAAAAGCUGGCCAAGUUGAAGGAGAAGGAGCGUCUAGAAAAGGAACGCCUUGAGCAGCUCAAGCAAAAGGAACUGCAACGUCUCAAUGAUGAGCGUCGACGUGCCGAAAAGCAACAGGAGCAUCGCAACAAUGCCGCUGCCCAAGAGAAGACGCCCAUUUUCUCCGCGCCCAUGGUGACAAUUAGUGGCGGCAGCAUCAACAGCAGCGCCAGUACACCAGGUAGUGCAACCCAGUCGCCAGCUAUUUCACAAACACAGCUGCGUCCACCAUUCCCAGAUCAACAUGUGGACGAGCAUCUGAACCUGCAAAAGAGCAGCUCCAGCGGCAUGUUCGGAGAUCGUUUGAGACGUGGAUCUGCCGAUGCAAAUGUGAAGCGUGCCGAGAGCAUGAAAGUUCAGCCCAAGCAAGCGAAACGCACGCCAUCCUUUACUACGCGUCGUCGUGCCCAGUCCUUCCGCAAAAACCAAAAGGGCGAGGGCUUCGAUUUGCCACCCGUAGAGAUUCAGGGCAUGCUGGAACGCAAGCAUGGACUGCAAUCUGGAGGCAAGAAAGCGCCCGUGCGCUCCUGGAAGCAAUUCCAUACAGUACUCUGCGGCCAAUUGGUUUGCUUCUUCAAGGACGAGAAUGAUUUCCUGCAGCAAAAGACGGCCACGGCCCCAGUAAAUAUAUUGGGUGCCAAGUGCGAACGCGCCGAUGACUACACAAAGAAGAAGUAUGUGUUCCGCCUAAAGUUGCCCGAUGGUUCGGAGUUCCUUUUCGAGGCACCAUCACUGGACAUUUUGAACGAUUGGGUACGCAAGAUAUCCUUCCACGCUAGUCUGCCACCAAAUCUACAGCUGUUGAGCUACGAUGAAUCGAUGAAGCAACAAUCGAACAGUUCGCCGGACAUUAAGGUGAGCAGCAAUAUGGAAUCGCCCGUUAGCUCGCGCAAUUCCUCGCCAGACUCACAGCGUCGCUCCAGCAGUGGUCAUACGUUAGACACAGCCACGCCUCAAAUGGCCUUCCUGCAGCGACAAAUGCAACAGCAACAGUUGCAACAGCAGCAGCAACAGCAACAGCAAAUAUCCCAGCCCAGUUCACCCUCAACAGCUUUCGAUCAGAAGCCACCGAUACCACCACGAGGAGCCCCGCCUGUGGCCACCCAACGUCAGAGCCAAGAGAAUUUGGUAAUGCUGCGUAAUCGCCAAAGUUCCAGCAAUGAUCUUACCGAUGGCCGAGCCGCCACGCUACCCGCCCAGAAUGGCAAUAGCAGAGAUGACAGCGGCGUUCUAAUACGUAGCAGCGAAUCCAGACAGUCGGAUAAUCCGCCGCCAUUGCCAACCACGAUGCCGCCAUUGGGCAGUAGUCAUCCACAUAGCCAUCAAUCUUCACAUGCGGCGCAGGUGCAACAGCGCAUCAAUGCGUUCAAUGCAGCAGCCAAUCAGCAGCAGCAACAACCCGACUACUACAACAACAACAUUAUACGACAGCAGCAGCAGCAGCAGCAACACUUGGCAUCCCCACAAAGGGUGCCCUCUGGACGUAUCGAUUCGACGCGCAAAUUCAUUGAGAUGGAGGCGCAUGCGCCUGGCAACAGCUACAGCCACAGCAGCAGCAACAACAACAACAACAACAACAACGGUCACAACAGCAGCAGCAGCAGCGCGACAAAACGAACGAUUAACUACUCGAGCAGCAAUGCGAGCAGCAAUGGCAAUGGUAAUAUUCACAGCUCAACAACAACUACGACAACGACAACAACAAUACAACAACAACAUGCGACAAGUAGCCGCACGGUUUGGCACUUAACGAGCUCCUCACCAACAUCAUCAACAAAAUCAUCAUCGGGCUCCGUUGAGCAUAAUAACGCCAUCAGUAAUCCAAGCUAUAUGGGUCUACAUUUAAAUAACAAUAACGACGGAAUCGGUUGGGGCAAUACGCGCUUUGAGAGCAACCGACCCGUUUCGCUGCAACCCGAUUCGAUAAGCUAUACGCGCGCAUCAGCGGAGAGUUCGAGCGAGAGCGAAGCUCAGUCCAUUUCCUCCGUUUCGGGUGUGAAGGGCAGCAGCAAGAGCAAAGAUGAGCGUCGCAGCGGUAUGUUCCGCAUCUUUGGUCGCAAGGGCGACAAGGAAAAGGAGAAGGAGAAGGAUAAACGCCGUUCGAGUCAAACGCCGCCACAGUGAAGCAAAAUUAAACAUAUAAAUUCCAGCUAAGCUUAAACAAAAUUUCAUAUUCGACAAUUGCAUUGGAAAGUUGAUCGUCAAUUGUUUUUGUAUUUUUUAUAGACAUAUAUAAAUGAUAUAAUAUUUAAUACUUAACCCAUAUAU